AUGCCGAGCAUCUGCCAUGCCAGCAUCUGCCAUGCCAGCAUCUCCAUGAUCUCCCAUCGUGCCCAUCAUCCGUGGCGCCGUGCACCCCUCCGCGAUGACGCCGCUCACGGUUACCCCUCAGCCAUCUGCCUGCGAGGGGCAUUCGUCGCUGGCAAGUCCAAGAAAUGCCCUUUGAGCGCAGCUCGCCUCACUAGACCACCAUGGCAGCACUCCGCAUCUCGACCUGGAACGCCGCUUCGCUCGAGAAACAACGUCGUUGGGGAGAACCUCCUUACCUGCGCCACAGAGUCUGAUAUCCUCUUCAUUCAAGAAGCGCGCAUGAAGCCGGUACGACGCCUCGACGCCCGCAAGCCUCGCGAGGAUCGCUAUGGCACUCUAGAGCGACGCGACUUCUCUGGCGUAUUGGACUGGGUGUGCGGCGUCCUCUUCCAGCCAGCGAACCAUCAGCAAGCUCGAAUCUCUGUUCACUAUCCUCACAACCUGAGCCAGACGCCCGGCUGGCAAGGCAAUUCCAACCACCUGAGUCGGAUUCAGGACACAGCCGGCUCGGCCAUCAUCAUCGGAGCGGACUGGAACAUGCCGCCGUCCAGACAUCUUGAAAGCGUCGACCUCGGCGGGUGGACGUCAGAUGGGAAUGUCACCGGUCGCCGGAUGACGGCAGUGGGAUACCGCCCGCAGCAACAGGCGACGGACACGGUGCAGAGAUGGGUGGAGCUCCACCAGCGUGUGGGGCACCUUGCCUACUUCGCAAAGCUGCCCGUUGGAGCGGCUCAUAAGAGAGCGGCUGAUGAGGUCCAAGCACUACAGGCUCGCGUGAGCCAACUCAAAUUAGCCAGAGAUGAUAAGCUGCGAGAGCCCAGGCGGCUCGUACCUCAAAUUCUCAACGCCGAAACAGCCUUUUACGAUCGAACAGUCAUGAAGUUGAACAGCAGACAACGCAAGGUCUUGCACAAGUAA